GAGCUCGUUCAGGCAGGGUUGGGAUCCGAGCUAGCACAAAUAGCUCCCUGGUGGACUCUUCCCGGGCUCCUGGCGUGCCCUGUCCCCGCUCCCCGCUCCGAGGGGGAAGACCCGGAGCUAAAGGCCCCUCCGCCAUGAGCCACCUCUACAGCAGCCACCUCUCGCCCAUGGGCAGCUCCUCCAUGGUGUAUCUCCCCGCGGCGCUGGGCUUCGCCCCCAGCAGCGUGCUCUCCCGGCAGGACCCCCCGCAGAAGCCCCCGUACAGCUACAUCGCCCUCAUCGCCAUGGCCAUCAAGGAGGCUCCGGAGCAGAAGGUGACCCUCAGCGGCAUCUACCAGUUCAUCAUGGACCGCUUCCCCUUCUACCACGACAACAAGCAGGGCUGGCAGAACAGCAUCCGCCACAACCUCUCGCUCAACGACUGCUUCGUCAAGGUGCCCCGCGAGAAGGGGCGGCCCGGCAAGGGCAGCUACUGGACCCUGGACCCGCGGUGCCUGGACAUGUUCGAGAACGGCAACUACCGGCGGAGGAAGAGGAAGCCCAAAGCCGCGGCGGCCCCCGACGAGGGCCGGCGGCCGGGGCCGGGCGGCCGCCCCGAGGAGCCCCGGCGGCCCCGCGGCAGCGCGGGAGGGCAGAGCCCGGCGCCGGACGCGGGCGCCGAGGCCCGGGGCGGCGGCGCCUCCGCCGCCCCCGGGGGGGCCCCCGCCGGGCCGCCCCCCGCCGCCGCCCCGCCGCACAAGGGCGCCCCGCGCUGCCGCAGCUUCAGCAUCGAGAGCAUCCUGGCGCAGGGGCUGCGGCAGCCGCCCCCCGGGGCCGCCGCCAAGGCGGCUCUCGAGAGCCCCGUCGGCUGCUUCGGCGGCUCCCUCGUCGCCGGCGGCAGCUUCGGGCCGGCUUUCAACGCCUCGCUCAUGCUCGACUCCCAGGUGCACGGGAGGCUCUAUCACAUCGGCAUCCCCUUCCUCUCCUGCCUCCCCCUCCACUUCUCCGAGACGGUAUUUAAUUUCCAGUAGUUCCCCCGGAAUUGUGCCCCCCCCGCCCCCUCCAGUCCAGCCGCUGCUCCCGGCCCGGGGGCAGGAUGGGAGGGAGAGACCGGACUCAGACCUCACCGAGCGGGUAAAGACCAAAACAUGGUGGUAAAGGUGACUCAGGAUUUCAGGGCAUUUUCAAGGCACGUCUUGCUGCGGAGCUCCCUUUAGCGACUGCCUGCCCGGCAGACCGGCUUGCGCAGGUAACGCGGUUUCCCUCCCACGGCGGCGGUGGAGCGGCGGAGAGCGGCGGCGCGGUUCCCACGCUCGCC